UCGGCGAUGUUGUGGCGUCUCGGCUCAUAUUUCUUGGUGCUUGUUGUUUUCAUUCAUCUGUUUUGGUGCAUCGAAAUUAACCUAAAUUGUGACAGCGGCAAUUGCACCACGACGGCUUGGCUGAUUGAUUGCUUAAGACGCAGUUGUAAACUAGAAGAUUACAUACUUAUGCGUUUAACCCAAUUGAGGCACUCGUUUAAUUUGCAAGUGUGCAGGUACAUUACUAUAGUACAGGGUGAUACAAAAGCAUUCUUCUCUAAUGCAGACAAAAUGCCGUGCCACGAUGGCAAAGUUUGGCACUGCGCAAUACUAAAGUACUUAAACUUCGAGCAUCGAUGAUAUUAAAGAAGGUACGAAGAAUUGUUGAAAGU